CGGUUUUUUUUUUUUUUCUUUCGAUCAACCAACCCCCCACGGAUCGACGAUCCUGCACGUCACCACGCGGGAGAGAUCAUCAUCAGGUCGCGAUCGAUCGCGUUAGAGGGGACGGUGAAAAAAAGAAAGACGACGAGGAAGAUAGUGAGUUGAAAAUUCUUUCAGUUUCACGCGGCCGCGGGUGGCACGCUGAUACGCCGCGCGGAUUAUCGUGCAGCCGAAACACUCGCGCUCGCCGAUAACUUUUCGCACGAUCUCCGGCGCCUGGGUAAUCUGGACCGGUUAAUUUGGGCCGAGAAAAGAUACAUUUAUCGUCUCGAGAUAAGAUUCCGCGGGAAUUCGCGCAAAAGAGGCAGUUAUUGAAUUUUACUAUCUGGCGCUCGCACCUCGCGGGGUGAUAUACGCGCUAGUUGCCACACUUUUAAUAAAUUUUUUAUGUCAAAAAGGAGAAAGAAAAGGAGAGGGGAAAGAAGAAGAAAAAAAGACGAAGGCGGUGACGCCGCGCGCGAGAAGAAAAGAAAUCUCGUCGCGCCGCGCGACUGUAUAUAGUUUCAUGCGGGCCGUAGAUCGUUCGUCGUUUUAGUCUCGCGGUUACCGAAAAGUGAUCGUUCAUUUUCUCGUGUCUCUUCUGCCGCUCUCGAGAGAAGCCGCGCCGAUGCAUUCGAGCGGGCGUCAAGGUGUCGAACGGAAAGAGAGACAUUCCCCGUAUUACAACGAUCUCUUCUUUUUUCUCUUUGUCAGCUUCAGAGACAUUAUGUUUAAGUCCCGUGUUUACCCAGGCAGCGACUCCUCGCUGACACCUGACAGCGGAUCCGAGAGCACGCCGUUACUCUCCUCGGAAUCGUGCACGAGCCCGGAGCCGGCGAUAUUCGGCGAUUCGGAAACGAGCGACUUAGAUCCAAGUCCGAUUCACUGCUCUUACAUAUACGGAAGCGUAGACAGCGCUAGCUUCAAAACGAUCCUAACUGUACCGAACAAGUCAUUCUCAUCGACGUGCGGCAGUGAACUAUUCGUUUCCACAAUGGUGACUUCACCUUGCAUAGUGAAUCUCGAUCACGAAAAAAAUUACCAGCCGCGCAGCGUCGAUUUGAUAAUAACGAACGAAGGUUCCAACGCGAAGACGAAAAUGUACGACCAUAAGCCUGGACCCCUGGAAUUUCCACCCGAUAUCACGCAGACUCCCUGCAAGGAUGACAAGAAGCAGAACUCGCUGGUCACCAUAUUUUCCAUAUGGAACACAAUACUGGGCUCAUCGUUACUGACGAUGCCAUGGGGAAUUCUGAUGGCCGGAUUCUUUCCUGGAAUUAUCAUCAACUUGAUGAUGAGCGGUUUAUGCCUCUAUACCGCUUACCGUCUCAUAGCUGCACACGCAUACCAUGGUGGUGGAGCAAAUGUGGAAGUCUUGGACUUGUUCCGGAUAUACCUCGGCAAAUGGGCGGAACAAGUCGCCAGGAUUUUUAGUAUUGCCAUACUGCUGGGCUCAACUAUAGCUUACUGGAUAUUAAUGGCAAACUUCUUGUAUAAUAGUGUUAAUUUUAUUUAUGAUAGCAUAACUGGCUGGUCAACGCAUCCUGUAUCUGAGAAUAUUACGUAUAAAGAAGUUUUGUGCCCAAAAGAGACCCGAGACAAUAACACUAUUGUGAUCUACGAAAAAACGUUUGAUUCAUUGGGACCAGCGUGGGAUCUGCGUAACACAGUGCCCGUAUUUCUGGCCCUAUUAAUAUUUCCUCUCUUAAAUUUUAAUAGUACGACAUUUUUUACGAAGUUUAAUUCUCUCGGAACGAUAUCAAUUAUGUAUGUGAUAGUCUUUGUUGUGAUAAAAUCAGCAUCAUGGGGCAUCAACAUGGACCAAAACGAAUGGGCGACGAAUUGGGUGAUAAAGUCCACGUUUCCGGCACUCACCGGAAUGCUGGCAAUGUCAUUCUUCAUUCACAAUAUUAUAGUCAAUAUAAUGCAAAAUAAUCGUGAUCAAGCAAAAAACGGAAGAGACUUAACCAUAGCAUACAUCCUCGUUACAUUUACUUAUAUUACCGUUGGAGUAGCGUUUUACAUGUGCUUUCCGUUAUCUAAAUCAUGCGUAGAAGAUAAUCUAUUGAAUAAUUUUCAAAAGUGGGAUGGCCUAACGAUAGGUGUUCGUAUACUGCUGCUUUUCCAAUUGAUGACCGUUUAUCCUUUAAUCGCGUACAUAUUGCGUAUUCAGUUACUUUCGUGGAUAUGCAAAGGAACAUCCAAUAGAGGCUUGGUGCUCUUAAUUAAUUUCGUAUUGAUCUCUAUAUGUAUCAUUUUCGCGACGUUUGUACCUUACAUUGGGACUGUCGUCAGGUAUACCGGCGCUUUAAGUGGACUCAUCUAUGUUUUUACUUUCCCAAAUUUACUGCACCUGUCUAUUUUGAAAAAGGAAGGAAAGCUAAGUGUGUGCACGAUAUUAUUCCAUUUAAGUAUACCUAUUAUUGGAAUUUUAAAUCUCAUUGCUCAGUUCUUUAUCGCAACUCGCUGACCGUACGACUAAAAUCUUACAGACUGUGCGACUUGCAUUUAUACGAUAUUUAGUAUUGAUUAUUUGCGAAUGCAGUUGAAUGUACAUUGCUACGCACUCUAAGAGAAUUCCAUAGUGUUCGAAAAUUACAUUAAAGUUUAAGUAUAAUAGCGAUAAAGAAGCGUCAAGCGUCGUUUAAAUGCAGUUUAUUGCAUGUGAAGUAGUCUGUUAUAAUAACAGGAAAUUUUUCACAAGACAAAAAGUGUAUUAAAAUUUUAUGCAACGUAAUAGAGAUUAUUAUGUACGUUAAGUCAGCUGUUUUGUAAACGCAAUAACAUAAUUUAUUUAAUUACGUGACACAUUAUAACAUAGGAAAGAUAGAUUUAUUUUUUUGCUGUGAAUAUAAAGACCGUUAAUACUUUUUGUACUUCAAUAAACACACAUAGUAUUACAA